CAUCGCUCCGCUUCCACACCGAGACAGCUCGCGGGCUGAAGCGCACACUGCCAUGAACUUCGGAGCGUAACUUCACCAUUUUCACGCUUUUCGGACGGGCUGGGAAACUACGACGAGAUCUGUGUCGUUUUUCUUCAUCGAGACGAGCAACCUUCGGAGAAUUUACCUGCGCAUUUUUGUCCUUUUCCCGUCAUUUAACCAGAAUGGCGUCGUCGGCGGCGGUCGCUGCCUCGCGCAGGCAGUCGUGCUAUUUGUGCGAUCUGCCGCGCAUGCCGUGGGCGAUGAUUUGGGAUUUUACCGAACCCGUGUGUCGCGGAUGCGUCAACUACGAGGGAGCGGACCGGAUCGAGUUCGUCAUCGAGACCACCCGACAGCUGAAGCGCGCGCACGGCUUCCAGGAGGGCAGGUCACCGGGACCGGUGGGCAAACCGGGGAAAGACGUCCAGCCCCACAACCACGCGGAACCGGGCUCGCGUCCGCCGCAACCCCUGGAUCGGUACCCGCUCGCGUCGGACAGACCCCCUAGACUGGGUUCGGAGUAUCAGGCUGCGCGGCAGGCGAACGGGAUCCCGGUGCCGAACGGAUUCCCGAAGCCCGACGAGCCCCCUGAGCUCAACCGCCAGAGCCCGAACCCGCGUCGGACCGGCGCCGUGCCGCCCACCCUUGUGCCGCUUGGGAACGGGACGCUGCCGGUGCACGCGCUCAACGGCAGGUCAAUGAUGGGCAUCCUACCGGGCGCGCUCACGUCGGAGCACCUGGGGAAGCGAGCGGACGACAUGAAGGACAAGCACCGCGCCGACAGCAUGAGCGACGCGGCUGACGCGCAUAAACGCGUCGAAGACUGGACGCAGAAAGGCAAGACCGUCCGAGACCUGAUGGCGCUGGACACGCGCUUCAAGAAGGAGCACGCGGCGCUGCAGCACAGGAUGGCUUACGACAGCGGCUCCGGUGCAUUAAAAUCAGACCGCGGUAAACACUCUCGGGGCAUUAAAAGGAAACCGUCUCCCGAGCCAGACAGCGAGAGCACCGCGGCCAAGAUGAACGGCGAGGGUCAACAGUGGCUGCCGUCGGAAGUGCUGAAGAUUCCCUCCGUGGCCCUGCCGGGAUUUGCCGCUGCUCCCCCCUCCACCAUCUCUCCCCAUUCGCGCACCACUCCACCGGAGGCGGCCACCGGCAUGCAGAACGGUCCUUCGCCUAUGGCCGCCCUCAUUUUGGCGGCGGACAGUGCCGGCACCGGAUCGCCCAAAGACCAGGUACACUCCACCACCAGCGGUGGUCGCCGUAACAGCGGCAGCCCCCAGUCGCCUGGGCAGAGGCGGCUUGCCCAGAGGGACGGUUUGGGGUCGUCCGGCGGCCCAGGCACGGCGACCGUGCAUGUGCCAGGCAUGGACUCGCAGGCGGGGCACCCGCAGAGCAUUCCGGACUCCUCCGUGCCUCCCGGCAGCGUGCCGCUCUGCUGCACCUUGUGUCACGAGCGCCUGGAGGACACGCAUUUCGUUCAGUGCCCGUCCGUGCCAUCUCACAAGUUCUGCUUCCCAUGCUCCCGCGAGAGCAUCAAACAGCAGGGCGCCACGGGGGAGGUAUACUGCCCCAGUGGGGAGAAAUGCCCGCUGGCGGGUUCCAACGUGCCCUGGGCGUUCAUGCAGGGUGAAAUCGCCACCAUAUUGGCUGGUGACGUGAAAGUGAAAAAGGAACGGGACCCUUGAUGUUUCCACUUGAUUAUUUUUUUUUUUGCAUAAACAAUACCACGACAAUUUACAUGCAUAUACCAUUUCAAACGAUUAUACAUGAAUCAUAUUACACACCACCUGAACGUCAACUAAAGGACAUGUACAUAUGAACUUGAGGGAUCUGUACACAUCGUAAACAUGGCUGUAGCAUUUCUUUGAUCUCCCUUUUUUGAAUACAUUGUGUUUCUAUAUAUAUUUUUGAAGAUGAAAUGGUUGUCCACACUAUAACUCUCUCUCUCUUUAUCUCUCUCUCUCUAUCUCUCUCUAUCUCUCUCUCUUUAUCUCUCUCUAUCUCUCUUUAUCUCUCUCUCUCUCAGUGUAUUAGUAGAGCAGGUGGCAGUCCAUGUUAAACACAGAAUGUGACUAAUACUCUUAAGCACUUGGCAAAAACUGAAACGCUUCUAGCUGUAUUGUAUGCACUUGUUUAAAAUUGCCAAAUACAAUUUCUGAUCUUGUUAUAACAUC